AUGGCUUCCAAUCCUCAGAGUACCAAUGGCUCUGAGAGCGAAUUCGAGUUUAUCGAAACCCCAAAAGCUCCCACACCGACCUUUGAAAAGUUCGAGCCAUGUGGUGUGAGGACAACAGCUUACCCUGCUAUCAAGAAUGCUCCUUUGCCCGCAGAUGCGGCUGGCAAUGACAGUUUCUCGAACACCCUCCUUUUCUCCCUCAUUGGUGGUGUCCCUCUAUACUUCUCCUGGAAGGUUGGUGGUGGAUUCAAGACUACCAUUUUCUUCGGUCUCAUCACCACUAUCCCCAUUCUCCUCGCAUUCUGGACAGUAUUCUCCAGCUUCUCUCCACGUAAAAAUGAGAAGGCCAAGUACCCAGGACGUCCAGUCGAGCACUAUCUUACCUUCAAGAACGAAGCCGAUAAAAUAAAAUACAGCGGAAAGAACAAGAUUCCUAUGGAAACUUUCCACAACAUGUACUUCGAUGGAGAAGUUGACUUCAACGGUGACGCCCUCGAGGUUCUCGAGUACCGUCAUGACUGGGCAAGCUUCAAAUUCACAAUUAGCCUUUUCAAAUAUGUCUUCUUCAACUUCGCACCAGAAGUUAUCAUGCACACUCGUUCCCAAGAUGAGGAACAAGUCCGUGAUCACUACGAUCGGGGUGACGACUUCUAUGGCUGGUUUCUUGGCCCACGAAUGAUCUAUACCUCCGGUGUUAUCUCUGACAUCAACCGUGAAGAAACCUUGGAGGAAUUGCAGGAUAACAAACUCGCCAUUGUCUGUGAAAAGAUUGGUCUCAAACCUGGUGAGAAAAUGUUGGAUAUUGGUUGUGGAUGGGGAACCUUGGCCAAAUUCGCCAGUGUUAACUUCGGUGCAAAGGCUACUGGUAUCACUCUUGGUCGUAACCAAACUGCCUGGGGUAACAAUGGACUUCGCAAAGCUGGUAUUCCCGAAGAACAAAGUAAGAUUUUGUGCAUGGAUUACCGUGAUAUUCCAGUCCCUGAGGGAGGUUAUGACAAGAUUACAUGCCUCGAGAUGGCUGAGCACGUUGGUAUCCGUCACUUGACAAGCUUCUUGAAGCAAUGUCACGAUAUGCUCGAAGACGAUGGAGUUAUGUUCCUUCAAGUAGCUGGUUUGAGAAAGACUUGGCAAUACGAGGAUCUCAUCUGGGGUCUUUUCAUGAACAAAUACAUCUUCCCUGGUGCUGACGCUUCUACUCCUCUCAACAACUAUAUUAACUCCCUCGAGAGUGCUGGAUUCGAGGUUAAGGGUGUUGAUACUAUUGGUGUUCACUACUCAGCAACAUUGUGGAGAUGGUACAGAAACUGGAUGGCCAACAAGGAGAAGGUAGUUGCUAAAUACGGUAACAGAUGGUUUAGAAUCUGGGAAUACUUCCUCGCUUCCUCUACUAUUAUCUCUCGUCAAGGAUCUGCCACCUGUUACCAGAUCACCUUGGUAAAGAAUCUCAACUCUGUCCACCGUAUUGAAGGAAUUGCAACACAAUUCGGAUUGUCUGGCGCACUAGCUGCCGCUAAAGCCGAUGUUCAGGCAUACCGAUCUAAGAAAGCUGCAGGUGAAGAUGUCGCCAGCGCAUAA